AUGCAUGAAGAAGAUUGCAUUCACACAACCUUCACUACAGAAAUGAGACUUUACUUUUACAAAGUCAUGCCUUUCGGAUUAAAAAAUGCGAAUGCUACUUAUCAAAGGAUGAUGAAUAAGAUCUUUGUCAAUCAUUUGGGGAGCGUGAUGGAAAUCUACAUUAAUGAUAUGGUAGAGAAAUCUAAACACCCAUCAAGGCACAUACCAGACUUGACUGAGUGUUUUCCCAUUUUGGAUCACUUCCAAAUGAAUUUAAACUUAGCCAAAUGUGUCAUUGGAGUUUCUGCAUGCAAAUUUUGGGGUAAUGUUGUUAGUAUAAGGGGAAUCGAAGCCAACCCAACCCAAAUUGCUUCUUUCUCAGAAGUCCAGGGUGAUGAGAAUAAUUGCGUAUUCUACGAUUUUAAGACCUAUUCAAGCAACCCACCAAUUUUAAGUUCACUUAUCUCUAAUGAGGAACUUUUCCUCUACUUAGCAAUGUCUUCUGCUACACAUGAUGGAAAAGGUGAUCCUAGCUUUGAAGCCAUUCACAAAUUCGAAUCUGACGAAUCUGAAUGGGUCUGGAUUCUUAGCACAGAUGGAGCUUCUAAUGUAGAAGGUUCAGGCAUAGGAGUGGUUUUGGAAGCACCUUCUGGACUGAAGAUGGAAGAAGCUUUGCAAUUUAACUACCAAGCCACCAACAAUGAACCAGAGUACGAAGCUCUCUUAUACAGUUGUCAUCAUCUCUUCCACUGCAACGCUUACCACAGUCUGGACCAACUAUUUUCCAAUUAG